AAUAUAUGUUUGAAAUAUGUAAGUAAAAUGAAACGUUUAUUAGUUUUUGUAUUUUUAUACAUGCCUUAUUGUGUGUAUAAAUGUAGAAUGGCUACGACAAAAAGAAACCGAGCUACGAUGGAGCAGCUAAUUCGAAUGAUGGAUUUUUUCGGAGAAACGCCGGGUUUGGCAGGGUCUCAGUUCCAGAAGCUCCAUGGAAAAUCAGACUGCGAUAGGAAGUGGAGCGAAUUAGCUAGUACGCUGAAUUGCCUUGGUGGUGCUGUGAAAAGCGUCGAACAAUGGCACACGGUAUGGAGGGAUCUGAAAAGCCGUACCAGCAUCAAGGUCCGAGACCGGAAAAGAAAGAGGGCAAUGACAGGAAACAAUCCAAUUAAUGAGGAGCCACUCACCGAAUUGGAGAGACGAGUCAUUGCCCUUAUAGGUAAUGACUAUGUCCAGGGCCACGAAAACGUUCCUGAAACGAUGCCUAUAGAGGAGGAACUGCAACUUCGAUUAGAGGAGGGUGAAGAGAGCAUAGUUAUCAAGAUGCCUUCAUUUUCAAAUGGGGUCGAUUUGGUAAUGCAUACUGCGACUCAAGCCUCAAAAACUCCACGUAGAGGCAGUAGGAGAAGACGUGUGGAGGAUGUGAGCGAUACCCGAAACGCAUUUUUAGAAUUUGCGCAAACACAAGCAAAUGCUUUAAAAGAACUCUUGCUCAAGCUCAUAUAUUUGGUCACCUAAUCGAAUGUUAUGUAACACUGAGCACGCAUUGACUAUUCUACCAGUG